AUGGCGAGCCUCGCUGCAGUCGAGGCCCCGGAGCUGCCGCCUGGGAUGGACCCGGCCUACUACGCGCUCAGCCUGCUGCGUCGACGAAAGCUGGAGGAGUGCGUGAAGGUCUCUACUCACUACCUCACACUGACCGUCUCCCCGGACCGCACAGGCUCUCUGACAGGCGCCACGGCGGCGACAUCAUCUAGCGCCGGUUACAUGGAUGAGAGCAUGUGGUUUAUUCAGACAAAGGCGAUAGUGCUCCAGAGCUUGUACGACGAUGCCGAAAUCGAGGACGACGGCGUCGAUGACGUGCUCAUGGAAGGUGAACAGGCCGUCGUGAGCACGUUGCACCGGCCCAACACAUCUCUGCGGGCGGCGCGGCAGGGCACCGCAGGCGGCGGCACAGCUGCUGACGCUGUUGGUCGCGCUGGUCGACUAGGAACGUCGACAGGCGGUGGGCGACCAGUGAGCAGCCGGUAUGGCUACGCGCGACCAGGAACGCUGCAGAACCGCCCCGGCUCCGUCCGCGGCGGUCCUGGUGGGGGUACGGCGGCGCGUCCUGUCACCGGCCGCUUCGUUCGGCUUGGCACUGCGUCCCUUCGGUCCGUACCAGGCGGACCUCACAUCAAUGUGCAGGCUCUCAACCUUGAGCGCUACGCGCGCGAGAAGCCGAUGGUGGCGAAGCUUCUGUGCGACUACCUCCUUUACGUAGAACACAAACCCAAGAUGGCGUUGGAACUCUGCACGGCAGCUCUGCGUUCAGCCAAGUCUGUGAUGACGCCAACAACACCGCUACCUUCAGCGUCCGGCGUUGCUGCCAAGCUGCCAAUGGGCAGUGGAGGAGAAGAGCGGCCCCCCGUCCUCCCCAUUGGCGCCGCUGCCGGACCCGGCGCUGACCCACCGUCUCUGCCGCCUGCCGGAAAGACUGCCGCGGUGUCCACGGCGCAGGAGCAGGUCGGCAUAACAAACGCGAAUGACUGGUGGUGGAAGGCACGCCUGGCCAAGGCAAACUACCAGCUGGGGUUGCUGCGAGAGGCGGAGAAGUACCUCAAAGCCGCUCUCUUCGACGCACCAGCCAACGCCAGCAUCGGGGGAGGAAUGUUAGCGAGAGAAUCGAAGGCGAGGCCAGGCAGUGGCAGUAGCGGUGGCGGCUUUCCGAAGGGCCGUGUGUUCGCCAACUACAACACAAGCGUGGUUAUGCAACUAGGCAAGGUGUACCUCAAGAUGGACCAGCCUUUGACAGCCCUCGAGACAUACGAGGCAGCGCUCGAGGUGAACCCAGUCGACCACCACGUCGUUCUCUGCUGUGCGCGUCUACGCGACGAGCUGCAUGAGCCCGGUACCGCCUACGACCUCUACAACCAAGUACUGCACCUCGAUAGCAGCAAUAUCGAGGCCAUCGCCUGCAUUGGCGCGCAUCUCUUCUACGAGCGCAACCAGCCAGAGCUGGCGCUGCGCUACUACCGCCGUUUGCUGCAGAUGGGCGUACACACGUCGGAGGUGUGGACGAACGUGGGGCUCUGCGCUUUCUACACGUUCCAGGUGGAGCUAAGCCUGCGCUGUCUGUCCCGUGCGUUGGCACUGUGCAGGGAAGACAGCCAGCGUGCAGAUGUGUGGUACAACAUCGGGCACAUGGGCAUCGGGAUGGGCAACAUGACCUUCGCCGAGCGCGCCUUCCGUCUUGCCGUCGGCGCAGACGUCACGCAUGCGGAGGCGCUGAACAACCUGGCGGUGUUGGCCUACGAAAAGAAGGAGGAAAAGGCCGGGCGUCGCCUCCUGGACACGGCGCUACUCGCGGCGCCGGGACUGACAGAGGCGCUGUAUAACACCGCCGUCAUCUCCUUCCAGGCAGGGGAGCUGGAGCUGUCGUAUCAGAUGGUGAUGCGGGCGCUGGAGGCGGAACCGGACCACCCGGAAGCCGUGGUGCUGCAAGGCAAGCUGCGUGAGCAUUUCCUCGCAAUUUAG